AUGCCGGUGAUGAAAGGAUUGCUGGCCCCGCAGAACACCUUCCUCGACACCAUCGCCACUCGCUUCGACGGCACGCAUAGUAACUUCAUCCUUGCAAAUGCUCAGGUGGCUAAGGGAUUCCCUAUAGUUUACUGUUCAGAUGGCUUCUGUGAACUUGCUGGAUUUGCACGAACUGAAGUCAUGCAGAAGAGCUGCAGCUGUAAAUUUUUACUUGGUGCUGAAACAAAUGAGCAGAUGAUUCUUCAAAUUGAAAAGUCACUGGAAGAUAAGGUGGAAUUCAAAGGAGAAGUCAUGUUUUAUAAGAAGAACGGGUCUUCAUUUUGGUGCCUACUGGACAUUGUUCCUAUAAAGAACGAGAAAGGAGAUGUAGUACUGUUUCUGGCCUCUUUCAAAGAUAUAACCGAUACAAAGGUGAAGAUUGCUCCAGAAGAUAAAAAAGAAGAAAAAUGCAAAGGAAGAGGAAGAGCAGGUUCGCAUUUUGAUUCAGCUCGGAGGCGGAGUAGAGCUGUCCUUUAUCAUAUCUCCGGACACCUGCAAAGAAGAGAAAAGAACAAAUUAAAAAUUAAUAAUAAUGUUUUUGUAGAUAAACCAGCAUUUCCAGAAUACAAAGUUUCAGAUGCAAAAAAGUCCAAAUUCAUACUGUUGCAUUUUAGCACUUUUAAAGCUGGCUGGGACUGGCUUAUUUUACUGGCAACGUUUUAUGUUGCUGUGACUGUACCUUACAAUGUUUGCUUUAUUGGCAAUGAUGAGCUAUCUACAACUCGAAGCACAACUGUCAGUGACAUUGCAGUGGAAAUUCUUUUUAUCAUAGAUAUUAUUUUAAAUUUCCGAACAACCUAUGUCAGCAAGUCUGGCCAAGUUAUAUUUGAAGCAAGAUCUAUUUGUAUCCACUAUGUGACUACCUGGUUCAUCAUUGAUUUAAUUGCUGCACUUCCCUUUGAUCUCCUUUAUGCUUUUAAUGUCACUGUGGUGUCCCUUGUCCACCUCCUAAAGACUGUCCGAUUGCUGCGUCUUUUACGUCUUCUUCAGAAGCUGGAUCGUUAUUCCCAGCACAGCACAAUUGUCCUCACACUUCUUAUGUCUAUGUUUGCAUUGCUUGCUCACUGGAUGGCAUGCAUUUGGUAUGUCAUUGGAAAAAAAGAGAUGGAAGAGAAUAAUCCCGUUACUUGGGAUGUAGGUUGGCUUCAUGAGCUGGGGAAACGUAUAGAGUCUCCUUACUAUGGCAAUAAUACAUUAGGAGGCCCGUCAAUCAGAAGUGCCUAUAUAGCUGCCCUGUAUUUCACUCUCAGCAGUCUCACCAGUGUUGGGUUUGGAAAUGUUUCAGCCAAUACUGAUGCAGAAAAGAUUUUCUCCAUUUGCACAAUGCUGAUUGGGGCUUUGAUGCAUGCCUUGGUGUUCGGAAAUGUGACUGCUAUAAUUCAGAGGAUGUACUCCAGAUGGUCCCUUUAUCACACAAGAACCAAGGAUCUAAAGGACUUUAUACGGGUCCAUCACCUGCCACAGCAGUUAAAGCAGAGGAUGCUUGAAUAUUUCCAAACCACCUGGUCUGUCAAUAAUGGAAUAGAUUCCAAUGAGCUUUUAAAAGACUUUCCAGAUGAGCUGCGCUCAGACAUCACCAUGCACUUGAACAAGGAGAUUCUGCAGCUGUCCCUUUUUGAGUGUGCCAGCCGUGGUUGCCUCAGGUCUCUGUCUCUGCAUAUCAAAACCUCCUUUUGUGCUCCUGGGGAGUACCUCCUCCGGCAGGGAGAUGCCUUGCAGGCUAUCUAUUUUGUGUGCUCAGGUUCCAUGGAAGUACUGAAAGAUAGCAUGGUGCUGGCAAUUCUUGGUAAAGGAGAUUUAAUUGGAGCAAACCUCUCAAUUAAAGACCAAGUUAUUAAAACAAACGCAGAUGUUAAAGCUCUAACCUACUGUGACCUCCAAUGCAUUAUCCUCAAAGGACUCUUUGAAGUGCUCGAUCUUUACCCGGAGUAUGCUCACAAAUUUGUGGAAGACAUUCAGCAUGAUCUCACAUACAAUCUGCGAGAAGGCCAUGAAAGUGAUGUAAUAUCAAGAUUAUCAAACAAGUCUACACUAUCUCAGACAGAGCCCAAGGGAAAUGGCAGCAUAAACAAGAGACUCCCAUCAAUUGUGGAAGACGAGGAAGAUGAGGAUGAAGGAGAAGAAGAGGAGAAUGUCAUUCUUUCUCCAAUCCACACAAGGAGCACAACCUCAUCCCAAGAGAAGAAGGCUGGAAGCAAUAAAAGCUAUCUAGGGAUAAACUUGAAACAGUUGGCCUCAGGAACGGUGCCCUUUCACUCCCCUAUCCGAGUUUGCAGUUCAAACCCUGCAAGAACCAGACAUGAAACUGAACUCCACUACUACUCCAGAAAGAGAGAGAAAAACCUAAAACUGCACCUUUCAACACUGAACACCAUUGGUCCCCCUGACCUCAGCCCAAGGAUUGUUGAUGGGAUUGAAGAUGGAAACCAUCAUGAGGGAAGCCAGACUUUUGACUUUGGCUCUGAUCAACUCAGGCAGGAAUCCCGGGUAUCUCCUACAAUUGUGGACUCUGAAGUUGGUGCUGCAGUGCUAGUUAUCAAAGCAGAAGAAACCAAACAGCAGAUCAGCAGGCUUAACCAUGAGGUCGCUACUUUAACUCAAGAGGUCUCACAAUUAAGAAAGGACAUGAAGAACGUGAUGCAUCUUCUGGAAAACUUAUUGACAUCACAGAAGCCUCCAGGGUUCUGUGCAGUGCAUGGCACAUCUGUGAGUCCUACAUUGGAAAGCUUACAGCCUAGAAUGACUUGGACUACACAUCAACCUUGUAUGCAUAUGCAAGCUGGGAAUAUUACUUGCACCAAAGCACAACUUUGCCAUGGUAACACGACUCCUGACAUUUGGCACAGGGAUCCAUCUUCUGUAGGGAGCAGUCCCCAAAGAACUGAAUCCCAUGUUCAAAAUUCUAUGGACAGUGAAUUUUAUUAUACUUCAGGCCUUGACUAUUCACCUUCCUGCUAUCAGGUAAAUCAGAAGGAUAAUUUGCAGUUUUUAAGAUGCACCUCUCCAUAUUCAGAUACUACCUUGACUCCUCUUCAGUCUAUUUCUGCAACUCUUUCUUCCUCAGCGUCCUCCUCCUCAGAGACUUCACUGCACCUUGUGCUCCCCAGCAGAUCCGAGGCAAGUAGCUUUAGCCCAGGAGCAGUCAGUUCACUAAGCUUUGAGAACUUGCCAGGAUCUUGGGACCUUGAAGGAACAACAGGAGCAGUUUCUGCACAAACCGCUGAAGAUUUCCCACUAGAUGUUGUGACAAGCACAAUGGAUAUUAAAGAUAACCAAGCCAUAAAUGUAUAA